AGCACAUGUUUUUUGUAUAAUUUUUGAAAAAACAAAAAUUUAGAAAAAAAGAUGUUUAAACGUCAAAUUUUGUUAAUUUUUAAUCGAAAUUUGAUACAUUGUUCACCAAUAUUAUCGAGAUCAAUAGCAUCAUUGAAUCCGGCAAUCAGUGGAAAUCAUGAUGGCCGACAGAAAAAACCAUCAUCAUCAUCAACAUCAACAUCAAAACAUUUAUAUCGAAAUCUAUUCGAUUGGCAUAAUCAUAUUGAUCUAGUCAAAUUAUUGUCUAAAAAUAUUGUCUACAAUGAUUAUGGUUUGAUAGCCAUUUCAAAACCAUGGGGAUUAGGCAUACAUAAAUCGGCUAAUAAUGAAAUUUAUUGUAAAAAUCCAUCAUCUGCUGAACAAAUGUUGAAUAGUAAAAUUUUUGGUCAACCAAAAUAUUCUGUUGCCGAUGUUUUGGAUUUACUUGGACAAUUUAUGCAUCUUAAUAAUCGAUUACAUAUAAUUAAAGCAUUAGAUCGUCGUUGGUCUGGUCUAUUAUUAUUAUCCGAAAAUCAAAUGAUUGAAAAAUUCGUUUUGAAAUCAAUACGUCGUGCAAAAACACAGCUAUUGCCACCAAUGCAUUUCUAUUGUAUUGUAAAUGGUUUGAUUCCAAACAUUCAAAUCGGUCAUUGGUAUGAAGAACGUUGUGGUAUUCGUUUAACUGAAAUCGAUGAAUUAGGCAAAUCAAAAGAACCAAUCUAUGUACCACCGAAUGAUAUGACCAGAAAUAUUCGUAAAGCUGGUGCAAAUCGUGAUAAUAAAUAUGUAUUGGGUCCGGUAAAACCAGCAACAAUCAAAUAUCGUGUAUUGGCACAAAACACAGAUCUAGCUGUAUCAUUAAUUGAUCUACAUACAACGACCACAAAAUGGUCUGCAAUACAAUGUUUUCUUGCAUAUAAAACAUCAUUUAUAUUGGGUGAUACAUUUUUUUCAUAUCGGGUUAAACAUAUACUAGGACAACAUAUUACAAUGGCAACGUUGAAACAGAAACGUUUAGAAAAUUGGCGUCAUAUUGAUCAAUCAUUUGAGCCAUUAUCUAGGCAGGUUUGUCAAAAAUUAGGUGUACGCAGUAAUCGUGAAAUACCAUUAAUGAUACAUCAUUAUGGUCUAAUAUUACCACAAUUAUUACGGCCAAUACGACAUUUACGGAAAAAAUCCAAUCAAUCAAUCGAUGCUGAUGAUGAUGAUGUUGAUCAAUUAAAACAAUUGGACAGAACCAAUAACAUCAGCAUACAAACUGAUGAUGGUGAUAAUGAUGAUCUUAUUAUUGAAACAAAUGUCAAUCAUUUACCUGGACAUUUUUAUCGUACACUUGAUCGUUUAGAUUUGAAUAUUUUUUCAUCAUAAUAAUUUUUUAAUCAUUUUUUUUUUUCAUUGAAUAAAAUUAUCAUCAUUGUU